AGUAUCUCGAAAAGUAUCCGACACGAAACAAGCGCCCAGUCGAACUCUCUAGUAGCCCGUUAAGAGGAUUUUUGGAACUAAACCAACGCAAAAAGAACUUUUUUUUUAAUUUAAAAGAACAAAAAAAGUGAGAAAAGAAUCUUUUUUUUGCAAAUCAAAUUAAAAGAGAUUUUCUCAAACGAACUAUACGCGCGAUGUGAUUUCUUCACUAAAAGAAGAAACCUACGCAGUGUUAAUUUAAAAAAAAAAAAUUGUUUUAUUAGAAAAUAAAAUGAAAAUUGUGAUAUACUGAAAAGAGCACGAGGUAUAGUGUUGUACGCAUAUGUAGUUAUUUAUGUGGAGUCUGGCACAUGCGUGCAAAAGGAAUUUCCGGUGGAGCCACAGAAGGGAACCAAAUGUGAUAUUUCUCUAGUAUUCUUAUAUACAAACACUCUGUACAUAAUAUAUUAUAUAUACGUUGUAUUGUGAUUAAGUGAUCGAAGGUGUUAAAUAGUUUAGAGUAGAAAAUAAAGAAGAAAAAAGUUUGUGCGCAAGAAAUCUUCGUUUUUUUGUUGUUGUUGAGUGCAUGUGAGUGUGUGCCUGCGAUGGCCGAACAAUUGACGGGAGGUCAGAAUGGGGAGGUGAAGAAGGCAGCAGCACCUGCCCCAGUUUCAACUGGCCUUGGGAUCAUCCGGGAGAGGAGUUUUGUACGUACACCAAAUCAUCAGCAGCAGAUGAAUGCUAAACGACGUAGCCUUAUGCAACUUCAUCCGCAUCAGCAGCAUCAACCGCAGCAGCAGCAACAGAUGCGCAUGAAGCCAGCUCUUGAGAUCUAUCGACCACCCAAUCCCCAUCGCAUUGCAGACGUCCGCAUUGAUGGGUUGCCUCAGAACAAGCUAAAUGUACACGCGCAAGAAUUCACGAUGAACAGGUCUGGCGUGAAUAUGUUUGCACCAACAGGAAACAAUCUGCAGCACUCAAAGUCCAGUGGUAACAUGCAGCAACAGCAGCAGUUUGGCGGAAGGCCCCAUCCGCAGAUGACACUCAACAAUCUCACGGGUCAUCGAACGGCCAUCCUGCUGUCGCACCCUCUUCAGAUGGGACAACUGGGGAUGGGUAUGGCAAUGCCUGCGUCUCAGAUACCCCUCGUUAAUUCCCAAUCCAGCGGAAAUAUUUUGCAUUCCGCCCCGAGGGUUAAAUUUGCACCGGAACCUCAGGUUGUGCACACCCCCGCAAAUCAAGUGCCACAGAACUACCAAAACCCUAAUCCACUACAGCGGAGCAAGAGUCUCUCCUCCGCAGAUACAAUUGCACGCGGAAUUGCCGGUUUGGGUUUAGCGCUGGGAAGUGAAGCCACGGAUAUUGGUACCUUUACACCGGAGGUACAGUCACUCGUGGACAAAGCCACGGAAGAUCCCAACCAGCUGAGUGCGCGAAAUCUCAUGGAACUCGCUUGUCACGUCAUGCAGAGAGCCGUGGAAGCUCGAAGAUAUGCGCUGCCAAUUUCCCGCUUUUGUAUUGCAAUUGUGGCAAAGGAGAGGAAAGAAACGUUCCUCGAAGCACUUCUAAAUACAUGCCGGCAGUGGUUUCAAGAGCGAGAUAAGGUUCUUGGACCAGCUCCCAACACGAGAAAUAAUUCUCGGCCACGUUUUACGGCAUUCAUGGCUUUCCUCACGGAAAUGUUCUGCCAGAUGAAGAGACGGCAGCUUCAGCUACGUACUCAGUGCGAUGGUGUACCACCAACUCUUGUCCUCCUCACUCUCCUGUCCAAAUGCUGCGAAGACGCUGUGCGUCCACCCAUUCGAUCCCUUUCCGAAAUUGAAUGCCUAUUCUACGUGCUAACGUGCAUCGGGCGGGACCUGGAGAUGCAUUUGGCACCACAACUUGAAUCCCUUCUUGCAUCUGUACGCGAUGCCUUCCUCAAUUCUGCUUCAUCAUCUCCGGCAAUUCGUCGUACGUUGCUACAACUGAUUGAGCUUCAGGCAUCACGAUGGCAAUUGCCAGGCAAUACUGUCCUCUACUACUACCCCUCGUCAAAGUGAUUUUUGGCCAUCCGUCUCUCCUUUCUCUCUACCAACAAUACGAUUUAGAGGCAUUUAAAUCACCUCCGCCAAAAAGGCUAAAAAAAAUCACAGUUAAAGAGCUAUUUUCUUUGCGUGGAAUGCGCGCACAGGAGAAUGCCUCUUUGAGUGUAAGAAAACACAAUAUGAGCCAAAUGAGCGUUAAAUUGGCAAUGUGAAAAAACUCAUUUACAAUCUAUCAUAUUAUGAUGUUUAUGUGUACGUUUUGUACGAAAAACACAAGAAAAAAUCUUAUUAAUCUGAUUAGCAAGUAUCUAUGUAAAAAAGAGGGUGUGUAGUAUACAAUUUUUAUGAUUUUUAAUGAAUUAUUGCAUAUAGUGAUAGCGAAAGUUUAAUCUCGGAGAAUUCAUUGUGUAGAAAAAAACGAAAAACACUUUAUUCGAUACUCACACUCUUUUUAUUUGAUACAAAACCUUUUAAAAAAAGAAAUCUCUGAAUUUUUAUAAAAAAAAAUACUUUUGUGCCAUCCAUCGCUAAAAAGGAUGAUCUUACCCCUUUUUUCCUUCUCUUUAUCAUACUACUAGUCAUAAUUGUAAUUACCUAUCUCUUUCUUUUUCUUAUACACUUUAAAUAUUAUUUCAAAAAAAAAAUAAAAAUGAAAGAAACAUGAAUUAGUCCUCGAUGACAGGAUAUUUUGUCGCAAAGACUUCCCCCGAAAUUAAAAUCAUUGUAUUCUUCCGAAUAAAUUAAAGGAAUAAAUUAUUUAAUUAUUCAUAA